UUGCCCACCAUUAGACUAAAUAUCCAAUGGGCGAAGGCCAAUAAAAGAAGAAGGAGAAGAAUUUAUCAAAAUUAUUACAAUUAUUGCCCGUCUAUUUCGUAGAUCCAAUAUAGUAUACUAAUUAAAUCUAUGGUUUAUUUACAUGGUAAUGUAAAUUAAUUCAAGGUAUAUAAAAUAAUUUGUUCGUUAUGGAAAAGGAGGAUGAAAUUUUGUAUAUUUAUUUUACGCAUAUAUCACAACUUUGUUUUGAAAAGGCCAAAGAACAUAUAGAAAGAGAAAAAGAACCAAAAUCUGUUACACCAUGGAAUACGUUCUUGAAUUUUUUACAACAAUUGGCUUUAGCAGAGAAAAGUUAUAUAGAAAUAGGAUUUUUACAAAAUAAACAUAAAAGUUUUCUCAGAAAAGAUGUAAGUUCCGUAUGUACCUGAAGUUCCGAACGUUCGUUUGAACGAAAAUGAAAACCUAUAAUAUCACGUUUAAUCGUACUUAAAAUGAUUUUACCACCUAAAUUCUGGCUUCUGUAGACGAAAACAACACUUCCCCAUCAUCGGAAGCCACCCCACAUAUCAACCACCCUUAAAACUUAGUUA